UGUCAGCCAUAUUUGAAUCACUUGUUAUCUCUCGUUUUGUUCGUUUUGCGUUUACUUUGUUUUUGUGAUAUAUUUUUUUAUACCGACUUGGCUUGUUUACGGAUUCUGAUUUUCCUGAGUGCAACGUAUUACCUGGCUUGUUAUUUGGACCCCGAACUGAUAGCGUAUAUGAUAACUUGGCUUCUUCACAUUGACUUCGAUUUUAAAACUUUUACGAUUUUGGAUUUUGAAAAUGCCGAAAGCAUCUGCAUUAAAAUGUUAUUUUGGAUGUAUUAUCGAUGGACCGCUACACCGAUUCCCGAAAUGGGAAUAUCCUCACACGGAGAGGUUUAAUCAGUGGAAGUCUGUACUCAGCAUCGCAACCCAAGAGAGAGGAAAUAAUUACAUAUAUAAUUCUGUUCGUAUAUGCCACAGACAUUUUGAAGAAUAUUAUAAAUCACCGAGUAAACUUUUGACCAGAAAUGCAAUACCUACAUUGAAUUUGGACUUGUCACAAACUGUACAAGUAACUAUGCCAUUGGCUGAGCAAUUUGUUUUUGGAGAGGCAUCAGCAUCAACUCCAUUUAGCGACUUGACACAAAAUCCACAAAUAAAUGUGCCAUUGACACAAAGUCCACAAAUGACUAUGCCAUUGGCUGAGCAAUAUCUUGUUGGAGAUGAACCAGCAUCAGCAUCAACUCCAUUUAGCGACUUGACACAAAAUCCACAAAUAAAUGUGCCAUUGACACAAAGUCCACAAAUGACUAUGCCAUUGGCUGAGCAAUAUCUUGUUGGAGAUGAACCAGCAUCAGCAUCAAUUUCAUCAAGAGCCACUGAAAAAUGCUUUAAGAAGCGAGAAUCGAAUGCAAUCAAAAAGCUCACGCGAAAACUACAUGAAAUGCGCCAAAAGUGCAAAAUGCAAUCAAAAAAAAUUCGCUUUGCGAAAAAAUUGACUUUGUCAAAAUCAUUUCUUGCAACCAUAGAGAAAUUACCUGAUGCAGCACAAAUUUUUAUCAAGUUGCAGUUGAAAGGCACUAAGAAACCGAGAGGAAGGCGAUACACCAGAACUGAAAAAAUAAUGGCCUUGUCCAUCUACAAGCAAAGUCCUAAAGCGUAUAACCUUUUGAAGAAAAUGUUUAUAUUACCUUCAAAACGUUGUUUGCAAAAACUUCUGAGUUCAUUCCAAAUGAAACCUGGCAUCAAUGCUGAAAUAUUAGAAAAUUUAAAAAAGCAAGUGCAGCACAUGCCAGCAGAAAAAAGAUUAGUUAAUUUAUUAUUUGAUGAAGUGUCAUUAGCGCCUGGGAUGGUUUAUAAUGACUUUUUAAAUGAAAUUAUUGGUUUCCCUGAUGAUGGCAGUAAAAAAACAAAGGACAUUGCGGAUCGUGCCCUGGUUUUUAUGAUAAAGGGCAUUAAAAGUAAAACAAAACAACCCAUACUAUUUACAUUCACAAAAAGUGGAAUAAAAAAGCAGGAAUUAAAAGAUUUAUUAAUAGAAACCAUCAAAAGUAUAAAUAGUACAGGUUUAAAGGUGGUUUCAACAAUAUGUGACCAAUGUCCUACAAAUGUUGCAGUCAUAAGGGAAUUAAGGGAAGAAACGCAAAAAAAAUAUGCUGUUGAAGGGAAACCAACGCAAACAACGUUUUUUGAGGUUGAUAAAACAAAAGUCUUUCCAUAGUUCGAUACGCCCCACUUAUUAAAGGGUGUCAGAAAUAAUUUAUUGAAUAAAGACGCAAAAUUUAUGCUUAAUGGACAAGAGAGAUGGGCAAAAUGGGAACACCUGAAAAUGUUACUGGCCAUUGAUGUUGGUGAUGAUGAAAUUCGUCUAGUUAAUAAGUUGACUGAAAGUCACAUAAAUAAAGAAAAAUUAAAAAAAAUGAAGGUUAAAUUAGCUGCGCAAGUAUUUAGCCAAAGAGUUUCAUCAGCGCUUCGGUUUUCAGGAAAACAUGGAAUUUUGCCGGCAGAAUGCGAGGGAACCGCUGAUUUUCUUUUAAUAUUCGAUAAAUUGUUUGAUUCUUUUAAUGGUCAUUCCUAUCAAGAUGAUUCAAAACUGUACAAGAGUUGUGUGAAAAAGAAUUCCCCUCACUUCCAACUAUGGGAUGAUUUACUUCCUACAUUAGAAUCAAUUAGAUUUAAAUCAAUCAGUAAAAAAAAUGGUAUUGAUCAAAUUAAAUAUGAGAUGAUUCCUUCAAUAAAGAAUUGGAUACUUAAUAUAAAAACUUUUAAAGAAAUGUGGGAGUAUUUAUCAUCCAAUUAUAAAAUAACAAAUUUAAUCACAAGAAAUUUUAAUCAAGAUCCAUUAGAAAACUUUUUUAGUAGUAUUAGAAGCAAUGGUGUCAGGAAUAUAAAUCCAAAUUGCUAUCAAUUUAUUAAUGCAUAUAAAACAUUGAUUGUUAACAAUUAUAAUUCACCACAUUCUGCAGGUGCCAAUUGUGAAGAAGAUUAUAAUUCAGUUAUGCAAUCAUUAUCAUGUCUAAUCGGAAGCAAUCGGGCUGAUUCAAAUACUGUUGAUUUUGCAUGUAACAUUGAUUCCUUGCUUAAUGUGAUGACAGAAAUAAAAAAGAAUGAUUCUCUAUUGCAUGCUGAAUCGAAAAAAUAUGUAACAGGGUAUGUUAUUAAGAAAUCAAAGACAAAAGUUUUCAAAAGUUGUACUAAUUGUGUGAAUAAUUUGUGUAGAUCUAGUGCUGAUUUGGAAUCGUUUAAUUAUGAAAUUGAUUAUACAAAAAGAUCAUUAUUUCACCCAAGUGACAAAUUUAUAGAUUUAAUGAAUAAUAUGUAUUAUGUGAUUGUUGCAUGUCUUCGAAAUAACCCAACAUCAAAAUUUUUGAAGGAUGAAAUCAAGUUUUACAUUGAUUGUGCAUGUGAUUUUAAUAUAAUAACUUGUAGAAAACAUAAAGGUGAUUUGAUUGAUUUCAUUAUUAAUCUUUCAAUUAAAUUGAUUGUACAUAGUUGGUGUUUGGGGGUAAAUAGAUUAUUAAAUGGAAAAAUGAGAUGUUUUGAUAGGAAUGACCAAAUCAAAAAGCAAGCAUAUGAUUAUUAUAAUAAGAGAAAAAAAUAAAAGAAAAUAAUAACUUA